UAUCUGUCCGCCGCAGGGGCUGAUGGGAGGUCUGAGGACCCGUUAGAAACCACGCGGCCCUCGUCUGAUCUCACAGCUCGUCCUUGUUUGGCCUCAGCUGCAUCAGAGCGCCACUUCUCCCCAGGUUCACCAGAGGAAACACCACUGCACACAAUGCUUUUCCUCCCAGCUGCUGCUCUGUGCUGUCUGUGUUCAGCGCUGGUUGCCAUGGCAGCAGACCUGAUUCAGGAGGAUUUAACAUGGACCAGGAGAGUCGAUGAAACUGUUUCCUUCAGCUGUCGAGAAACUGACCAGUGUGACACUGAUUAUGUAUUCUGGUACCAGAAGAAAGACAUAGAAACAUUCAGAGUGAUUCUAGAUAUAACUAAGAGUAAUUGUCGCAUAGAUUCAGGUUACAGCAAUCACCUUCAGAAAAAUGAUUUCUCUGCUGUGAGAAAUCAGAACGGCUGUGAGUUACAGCUCAAGAACGUUACACUCUUUCAUUCAGCCACCUACUACUGCUCCUGUUGGAAUAGUGGAAACUACUACUACAUCUUUGGCUCUGGAACUAAACUGUAUGUAACAGAUGAGGAGGUAGUGAAGCCCGUGGUGAGCGUGUACCCAGCAGCAUCCAGAGAAAACCAGGAGGAGAAGAAAUUCCUGCUGUGUGUGGCUGCGGACAUGUUUCCACCUCUGGUCCGCUUCUCCUGGAAAAGACGAAAGGAGAAUGGUCCUCUGGAGGAGCUGCCCCCUGCUAAUGAGGAGCAGCAGGAUCUCAAAGAUUCGGAAUGCAUUGCCGCCAUCAGAGUGACUGAUCAGAACGCUCUCUACACGUAUGAACACAUCUGUUACGUCCAGCAUGAGACGGGCAGAGAGGAGGCCCAACUACAACAAGAGGUUCCAGCAAAAACAUCACCUCCACCAUCACGUCCACCAUCAUCUCCUCCGUCACGUCCACCAUCAUGUCCACCAUCACUUCCACCAUCAGUGUCCUUCCAGUUUCAGUGCAGGGUGAAGCUGCUCUGGCUGCUGUACACAGUGCUGAUAGUGAAGAGUCUGGUGUACUGCUGUGGACUCCCUCUGCUGUGAAUCCUCAGAAACAAGGGACCGUCCACCUGCUGCACACAUGCAGACUGACUGUUUUCUGCUCGCCUUUUCUCACCAGCAAUCAUCUCAUCAAUUCAUCUCACUGAUCACUUUGAUCAGCAGUCAGAAAAGUUCAGAUGUGUAAAAUAUAUCUUUUAUGCACAGGUUAUAAACAGUCAUCCUAAAAUCUGUCUUAAGGCACAUCAAAAGACUGAAACUAAACAUUCUUCCACGGCUGGCUCCAUCCACAAUUGGCAACAACUUGGCGCUGUUACACCGAUCACACAUAAGUUACUUCUUAUUUGCAACCACACAUAUGCAGGACAAAGUCACACACACACACACACACACACACACACACACACACACACUAUUCUUAUCACACACACUCAUCCCUUUUCCUUCAUCUAGUUUUAGUUUAGUGCUUUUUACUUAGUUUGGUCUUGUGUGUUUUGCUUUAAUUACCUUGUAAAAUAAAUGCUUGGGUAUAUAUUUGUUGGUUUGUUUUAAUAUAGAGUGAAUAUAUUGCCAACCUCCUCCACGUAGAAAUCCAGAUCUUUCAACCCACGAUCUAUUAAUAGAAUGGUCUUUCAUGAGACUGAAAUAGGUAAUUGGCAAUCAAUGUAUCUCUUAUUUAGGAGGGGUGCCCCAAGACGUUUAUAGUAUUAACUAUAAAGUCAUGCCAUUUAAACCCUGAUCCCCAACAACAAACAUAUGUAUCUCUCUCUCUCUCUCUCUCUCUCUCUCUAUAUAUAUAUAUAUAUAUAUAUAUAUGCAGUUACUAUGUGUAUAGUGUUAUUUUG